AUGCUGAAGCAGUUGUUUGACUCAUGUUAUGCCAAUCUGCCUGUGGUUAGGUUGGACGAGAAGAAGAAGGAUGUCAAGAAUGGUGUUUUGACAUUCAGUGAGGUGGUGUACAUGAGCAAGUUCUUGAUGUUUGCGUUAGUCAGAGGGUCAGAUAAGACGUCGCUGGAGCUUUUGAAGAAGGUUAAGGAGUUUCAAGUCAAGCGGAAUCAGAAUAAUCAACGAAACACGUAAUAUUUAGGGGUUUUUUGGCUAUAAUAACAUGUUUUUUGACGUAAAAGGCUUCUUCUGACCAUGUUUUGUGUUUUAUACUUUCAUUUGAAGUUAAUUAGUUUCACAAAAUCUUCUUUUAGACCUCAGCCAAAGUUGAAACGACUGUUCGGCCUAAAAAGCGCAAAGAAGAAGAAUAUUGGUGAGUUUUACGAUGUGUCGAUAAUAAUAUUGGACAUGGACUUCUACAACAAUGAAAACGAAGUGAAUUCAAUGUUGAGUGAAGUAGAAGGACCAGCUAUGUUUAGCUUUGCGCCGACUAUGUCGUAUAUUAAUAAGGUGAGUCAUUUGGAUUCGAUUUCUUAUCUUACUUUAGGGGAGGUUACUACGUUCACUAAAAGCAUGUGGCGUGCCAUCGUUGAUCUUGGUAGAUGGGUCUACUUUGUCUGUAUUGUCAGUACAUUGUAAGGAGAUGCUUUUGGAGAAGAAUGACGUCGAAAACUUUCCUUGGUAAGAAGUUAUGGCAUGUGUUUUAGGUAUAUUACGUUAGAGCUGGUGGUUUAAAGAAAAUUGGAAGAUUACAUUGGUUUUUAUAUUUGAAAUACAUUUAUUUAGUAUGAUCAGAUACUGUGAUAGCUUCUAAAUCUAAUUUCAGGUCAGACCCGUCGACGUCAAAUGUAUUUACCGGUAAUUUUGUAAAAGCAUCCAGGUCGAGUGAUGGAAAAGUUGAAACAACGGUGGUAAAUGGAUUGAAAAGGGGUAUAAAAGGACUAUAUUUUGGAGCUAAAUGGGUAUGUUAUUAAAGUUUUUAAAUUUAAAUUAGCCUGUUACUGAUUUUUUAUAUUUUGGAAGCCAGAAUAUUGUUUUAGAUGGUCUUUUGUUACCUAAAAAAUUUUAUUGUAAAACAACUAAAGUUUCAAGUUUAAUAUAAUAAAUGUGUAUUUCAAAUUUAAGUUCAAUCUUAAUUUUUUAAUUUCAGUGCCCGCCAUGCCGAACUUUAACAUCUCAGCUUGUCGACAUCUAUAACAAGGUCAAGACAAAAGACUCGGACUUUGAAAUAAUUUUUUGUUCUUUUGAUCGAACAAAAGAAGCAUUUGAAGAAUAUCUGGCCGAAAUGCCUUGGAUUGGCCUACCUUUUGAUUCUGAAUUGAUCAAUACUGCUCGACAUGCUUUUGAUGUUCAAGGUGAGUAUAACGUAUUACUCAUGUGUAAUAUUUUCUCUAAAAGGUCCAACGUAUUUUACAAAAACCUUGUUUUAGGUAUACCCUCGUUCAUUAUAAUUGACGAAGACAACAAUGUGAUAACAAGGCAUGGCAAAAAUGUCAUUUUGGCCGAUCCACAAUGUCUUGAUUUUCCGUGGAAAGCGAAGGAGCUAUAUGAACUCAAUGAGUUCACUGUGCAAAGGAUACCUGAUCUACCGACUCUUAUCAUGUUUACAGGUAUGCCUUAGGGUGUUUUAAAACUUUUGCGAAUUUAUGGAGAUAAAAGCUUUUGUUUUGAUUUUAAUAUGAUGAUUUAUAUUACAGUAGGUGUCAAAAAGACAAACUUUUUUUAAAAUUUUUGAAACUUUUACUUUCUGGCUAUAAUAUGAUUAUUAAGGCGUACUAGGGUCUUGUGAAGGUUUACUGAAAGUUUGGUGAUAAAAGCUUUUGAUUUGAUCGAGAUAUGAUGUUUAAUAUUACACUAGGUACUGUCAACGCUUUAUCUUUGCAGAAGGAACCCCAGAAGACUCGAUAUUUGCGAAAGACGUACUGAAAACUUGUGCUGACAUACUUUAUAGUCAGUUAAAGUCUUCGAAAUCAGCCGAAUCAAAUUUGUCGAAUCCUGAAUCUUCACCGUCUAUCACGAAUUCUUUGUCUGAAACGAGGUAUGUUUAACGUUACUUUUUUAGUGAAACUAGGGGUUUUGGCUAUCUAUAGGUAAUAUUUUGUGAUACUGAGGCAUUUUUGGUUAAUACUUUUCUAAUUUGUGGAUUUUUAGGUAACAUUUUAUUAUUUUCUUGUAUUUUUAGGUAACAUUAUGUGAUUUUUUUAAUUUUUAAGUAACAUUUUACGAUUUUUUUGCUUUUUUAGGUAACAUUUUGUGAUUUUUUACGAUUUCAAGGUAAUAUCAGAUAUUUUUUGACCAUAUUUUAGCUAAUAUCUCAUAUUGUUUUAGUUCGAUUACAUCGGAAAUGCAUGUACCGCCUUAUGCAGACCUGAUUCAGGUGAUGUACACUGGAGAACAUCCUAUUUGUGACUAUGUAAGUUUGAUUUUUCGUUAGAUCAUCUUACAAUAAGCACUGUUUUUUCAACCGGUCAAAGUUUUUCCAAAAAAAAAUUUUUUUUAUAAAAAUUAUCGACCGGUCGAAAAAUUUUGUAAAGUAUAUUUUUGUCGGUAGAACAUUUUUCAGAAGAAACUUAUCGACCGGUCGAAAGUUUUCCAAAAAAAAAUUUUCUUAAAAGAUUAUCGACCGGUCGAUAAAUUUUAAAACAUUUGCACUUUAUUAAUUUAAAUUUUAAGCCUAAUACCUAAAGUAAUAUCGUCAUUUUUUAAAGUUUUCAACUUUACCCCUUCAGAUCCUCGAAAGCCUCGGCCUAGGUCAAAUGGAGCUCCCCUUAUUGGUCAUAUGUGACACCCUAACCGGCUUCAUGGCCGUUUGUGAGAAACCUGACGUCAGUGAUACGACAGCGGUGGAAUUUGUGAACGAGUACCGUGCAGGCAAGGCCCGUGUCGUCCCCCUCCCGAAGGCUGGUCCCGGGAUCAGAAGUGUCGCUGGUAUACCAUUAGUACCGCCCGGACAAUCAUAA